GGUUCUGAGAGGCAGUCUCUCUGUCAGUGAUACAGCUGCAGGAACAUGGCCGAGCGGGCACACACCCCCCUGGAUGCAACAUUGCAGAAAGCCGUCAGCGACUGGCUUCAAUGGGACAAGAACCCCAAGACUUGUGAGAUAAUCAAGCAGCUGGUGGCAGAUGAGAAGAAAGAAGAGCUGCAGUCAUGUUUUGGCUCGAGGAUGGAGUUUGGUACAGCAGGUCUACGGGCUGCGAUGGGACCGGGCAUUUCCCAGAUGAAUGACCUCACCAUCAUUCAGACCACACAGGGGUUCUGCAGAUACCUUGAGAAAAAUAUCACCGAUCUCAAAAAGAGGGGUGUAGUGAUCGGUUAUGAUGCCCGAGCUCACCCCGCAAGUGGAGGAAGCAGUAAGCGGUUUGCGAGACUUGCCGCCACAGCCUUUGUCAGCCAGGGAGUUCCGGUUUAUCUGUUCUCUGGAAUCACACCGACACCUUUUGUGCCUUACACAGUGUCCCGGCUUAACCUGUGUGCUGGAAUCAUGGUUACUGCAUCACACAAUCCCAAACAGGAUAAUGGUUACAAGGUUUAUUGGGAGAAUGGAGCCCAGAUCAUAUCUCCUCAUGACAAAGGGAUCGCACAGUCCAUUGAGGAGAACUUGGAACCGUGGCCUCAGGCUUGGGAUGAUACUGUGAUUGAUGACAAUUCUCUUCUUCGGGAUCCCUUUAAGUCUAUCAAUAAGGAUUACUUUGAGGACAUACAGAAGCACUGCUUCCACAGAGACAUUAAUAAGGAAUCGAAGCUAAAAUUUGUCCAUACAUCUGUGCAUGGAGUCGGCCAUGAAUUUGUACAAUCGGCCUUCAAAGCAUUCAGCUUCAGUCCUCCUCUGGCUGUACCGGAACAGAAAGACCCUGACCCUGAAUUUCCUACUGUGAAAUACCCCAAUCCUGAAGAGGGUAAAGGUGUGCUGAAAUUAUCUUUCUCACUUGCUGAGAAAGAGGGGGCCAGGAUCAUACUAGCCAAUGACCCCGACGCUGAUCGUUUGGCAGUUGCUGAGAAGCAGGAAAGCGGUGAAUGGAAGGUGUUCUCUGGCAAUGAGCUCGGUGCUCUGCUCGGCUGGUGGAUCUUUACUUGUUGGAAGGAGAAGAAUCAGGAUCCUGGAGCCGUAAAGAACGUUUACAUGUUGGCCAGCACGGUGUCAUCAAAAAUCCUACGGGCUCUUGCGUUGCAGGAAGGAUUUCACUUUGAGGAGACCCUGACAGGAUUUAAAUGGAUGGGGAACAGAGCAAAAGAACUCAUUGACCAAGGGAAAACUGUUCUUUUUGCAUUUGAAGAAGCAAUAGGUUAUAUGUGCUGUCCGUUUGUCCUGGAUAAAGAUGGCGUAAGUUCAGCAGCAAUUACCGCAGAAAUGGCCAGUUAUUUGGCAACAAAAAAUGUGACGUUGUCCCAGCAGCUGACUUCAAUUUUUAAUAAGUAUGGAUACCACAUCAGCAAAAACUCCUAUUUUUUGUGUUAUGACCAAAAAACAAUAAGAGACCUCUUUGAAAAUUUAAGAAAUUAUGACGGAGACAACAAGUACCCAAAGCAUUGCGGUAAAUUUGAGGUGACAGGAGUCCGUGAUCUGACCACAGGCUACGACAACAACCAGCCAAACAACAAAGCCGUUCUCCCGACCAGUAAGAGCAGCCAGAUGAUCACCUUCACUUUUGCCAACGGAGGAGUUGCCACAAUGAGAACCAGUGGGACAGAGCCAAAAAUCAAAUAUUAUGCCGAACUCUGUGCUGCCCCGGGAAAUAGUGACUUCGGCCGACUGAAGAAAGAGUUGGAUGACCUUGCAGACGCCAUUGAAGAAAAUUUCUUUCAGCCAGAGAAAAAUAAACUGCAGAGAAAAACUGAAUAAACUCAUUGCCACGGAGUACUGCAACACAACUUAUCCAAUAAACUCCUGUUUUAACAAAGUUUAAAUUAAAUGUAACAGUAUAUUUAUGUUUAAACAAACAA